CAUAUUGCCAAUAUAUAUAUAUAUAUAGAUAUAUAAAUAUUGUCAAUAUCUGAUGAUAAAAUAGCAGAAAUAUAGAAUACUCUUAGUUUUGGUGUAUGAUCCAAAAUUGAGAUAUUUUGUCGGAGAUGGAUAUUUGACAAGUUAAAGCAAAUGUAUCAAAUUCUAAGUUUAGGUACGAAUUGACUUUUUCAAAAGUCUACUAAAUAAAUUUUAAAAGUUAAAUGAUUACAGACGGGUUUACAUAGAAAACCAAAAAAAAAAAAGAACCCUAAACCACAAACAAUCCUUUUUCAUUCUUUAUAUAAACUGAUGUUCCCCAAAAGGCUUUUCCUCGCCAUAUACCUGUGAAAGAAAAAAAAAAGAGAUAAAAGGGAAACAAUAUUCGAGAGAGAGAUAUGGGUGAGGUGACUUAUAUGGACGAAGGAGAUUUAGAAGCAAUAGUCAGAGGUUACUUAGGCUCCGGAGACGCCUUUUCUGGGGAAAGCUCCGGUGGGUUUUCACCUCCGUUUUGCCUUCCGAUUGAGACGGCUAGUUUCUAUGAACCGGAGAUGGAAACAACCGGUUUAGACGAACUUGGUGAACUCUACAAACCUUUUUACCCUUUCGCCUCACAAACAAUCCUCACAAGCUCCGUCUCUGUCCCCGGAGAUUCAAGAAGUUUCCGAGAUGAUAAAAAACAACGAACACAUGGUUGUCUUCAAUCUAACGGAUCAAGAGUUGAUCAUAUCCGAAUCCCAGUAUCCAAAUCGAAGAAGAGCAAGAAGAAUCAACUAAAGAGAGUUGUUGAGCAAGUGAAGGAAGAAAAUCUGUUGUCGGAUGCAUGGGCAUGGCGUAAAUACGGGCAGAAACCCAUCAAAGGAUCUCCAUACCCAAGGAGUUAUUACAGGUGCAGCAGCUCAAAGGGGUGUUUGGCAAGAAAACAAGUCGAAAGAAAUCCUCAGAACCCGGAAAAGUUCACCAUAACGUAUACAAAUGAACACAACCAUGAGUUACCAACCCGGAGAAACUCAUUAGCCGGUUCGACUCGAGCCAAAUCUUCUCAAACCAAACCGGCCGUAACCAAAAAGUCCGUAAAGCAAGUGGUUUCUUCUCCCACAAGUAACCCCAUGAUCACAUCCACUGAUGUAUCUUCUGUUGCGGUUCAAGAUAUGCGAGUUGCAGAAACGAGUACCUACCAAAUAACCGUAGAAACCAAGGGCACGAGUAACACUUUACCAUCGGAUUUGUUGUCUGGGACGGGAACUUUUCCGACUUGUACCGGUGACUUUGAUGAACUACUGAGUAGCCAUGAGUUCCUCAAUGGGUACUUAUGGAAUUACUAAAGAACAGUAGGUGUAUGUAUAUUCAAACUUAUAUAUAUCUAGGAGAUUUGAGUGUCGUAGUUUUCGUCUUGUUUCCAGCUUGACCUGAAAAUGUAACCAAAUAUAGUUCAUUUAAAUUGUCAUACUAAUGCUAAGACAAAACCCCAUUUUACAUUCGAUUACAUAUAUAUAUUUCAACGUUUUCCACUGCACUAAGAAAAGACUACGCCUAAAAUUGUUAGACACUGUGUGAAAAUGGAACCGUCUUCAGGCCGGUCUAGAUGAUUAAUUAGGCAUCCUAAAAUAUCUAUUUUACAUUAUAGAGACACCAAUAUACAACUCACCCGCCCACCCAGCCGCAUUUAGUAUUUUAAUGAAUGUGAAAACUAAUUUUAACUUUUAAAUCAAAUUAUUGACAAAGAAUUACUAAUAUUCAAAUAAAUGGUCAGACAGUUGCACAAAUCAGCACUUGUUUCCAUCCAGUGUCCAAACUGAACGUGUUUUUAGGCUCUAACGAUUGAUAUGGAUACAUAUGUUUUGUAAGGCAAACAAAGAGGUAACAAAAUUUGGAUUCGAGAAAUUAAGAGAAUCUUUCAUGCCUUGAAACUCAAAAGUCUACUGUCAUUAGCUUUUAUUUACAGAUGGGAUAAGAAACGAGCCAGUCUUAGAUUUCUUGUAUCAUAGUAACUUGGGGAUCAUGCAUUAAACUUCCGUCAACAGAUAAUAUAUUAUUCGCAAUCUAUUCCGAAUUUAUCAAAUAGUUGCAAGUCCCAACUUCUCUGUCUAGCUAACAAUAGAUGACUCGUCUAAGCCACAAACACUUAACCUUAAAAAGAAAUUGAACUGUUGGGAAAAGGAAGAGGCCGCGCAAAUACCCUUGCUGCCACAAAUAAUGACGCAGGAUCUUCCACUUGGGAAGACCUUAAGCUAAGGGCAUCUUUAUUGGUGGGAUGAAGAGAGAGAGGGAGAGAGUCCCUUGUUUUGCUUUUUUUUUUUUUUUUUUUUUUUUGGUCAUUAGAGAGUAAGGGACAGCCUUUAAUUAAGGGCUUUUCCCUUCUCUUUCUUCCUCGGUUCCCAUCCCCUUCCCCUAAGGGAUGCCUUAAGGGACCUCCAAUACAGAUGCCCUAAGCACCCUUCCUUAUUGUGCAAUGGAAGUCACUUCACAGAGACGGACCCACAUGUAUUAAUGUAUUAAUGGUGGGUCAGCUGACACACCUUAAAUGAUAAAAUCCUAAUUUGUUAAAGAGAAACUGUAUAGAUUCAAUAGAUUUGUUGGCAAAAUCUCUCAGGGUGACUCCCCUAAUUCCGGAUUCGACACCCACCUCACACUCUCUUUACCAUUUUUGUAUUAGUGAUUUAAAGCCCAUUAAAUUUUUUGACCCAUGUUAAAAAAUCCUGGGUCCGCCACUGUACUAGCAUUUUCAAUGUUCGACCAUCUUCUCCUAAUAUGCUUGCAAUGUCAAUGUGGGACUGAAUGCUUAUGAUUUAUAUGGUUAUCUAUAAGGCAGCCUCGUAUUGUUAAGAAAUCUAGAAGGAGAUAAAAGGUUUUCUUGUGUAUUAAGAUGUGAAAGUUAAGCCUUAUAUACAGACUCGGUAACAUAUACGUUUGACCUAGUUACAAAACAUUUUUACCUAAUUUCAGGAUUCAAUAUCAAACUUACAAUUUAUGGGCCUAUCGCCCAAUACCCCUCCUCAAGAUGGAGUGUGCAUAUUACAAACACCCAUCUUGAAAAGAAAAAAUACAAAUUCUCUGCAUCCAAGCGCAUUGGCGAUUAUAUCUGCAAGCUGAAAAAGCACGCAUUGAGCCUAAAUUCUAAUGCGUAACUAUUUUUCUAUUUAUCAUGUAUGGCCUAUUUUGUGUUUGGUUUUACUUUGAUUUCUCUUUAUGAAUUAUUUAACGAUGAAACUUUUAGUUUAGCAACCGAUAAAACAAGCAGAUUGUCAUAUGAUGCUGCAAGUGCAAUGCGUGAUCCAUAAUAUUUUAUUUUAUUUUGGUUUAAGGAUAUUGCAACUUUAUAUAUUCUACAUCUUUAAGUGAUAUUUCAAUGAUUUUUCAUAUUUUACGGUGUUACAUUACGUGAUCUGAUUUACAUAGUUAAAGGUGAAGACGUUAUAUUACAGAAAAGAAUCUGUAUGAUCUACAAAAGAAAUUCAGUAUGGCGAUAGGUUAUUCCAACUUAUCCUCAAGAUUUUCAGUGUAUAGACGAGAGCUAAAAACACGACCAAACAGAAAAAGAUUCCGUUGUUUCUUGUAACUCACGUCUCAAAUCAUUAGGACUGUUCUUAAGUCUUGCGUUUAUAUGUGUUGAUGGUGACGCACGGCAUCAUAAGAAAAAUGUAAAGGGUAGAGGCCGUCACCGAUGGUAAGAACUACGGAUAGAAAGAAAACCGAAAAUAAGUUUGGUACAAUAUUAUAUAAUAUCACCUUGUAUAAUUGAAAAUCCAAAUAGCACGUGAUUUUUCUGUGAUAAAAUAUUUUAUAUAAAUUACCUAUUUGAUCCGAAAAAAAUUACCUAUUUUCCAUUGAUAGUUAGUUUUACAUUUUGUACUUACCGUGAUUAGAGGAAACUUUCAAACAUGUAGGGGACUGGAGAUGCAUUUAGUUCCUUUCUUUUCUUAUAUAACCACGCGAAGUAUAAACUUUGAUAAGAAAAAGUGUAAAAACUUGUACUAUAUAAUCUCACUAGUAGUAACGAGAGUAAUCAUCCAAAAACAGAAAAAACUACGUAAGGAAAUAAAAGGAAAAAAAAAGAUGGCGAACAGUGAAAGCGUUGAUUGGCAGUUCAGUGGCAGCGAUGAGGGCAAGGCCGCCUCAGAAGCCUCACUAAGCACUUACACCUCUAAACUCUUUGCUCUGUGCGAUCCUCAAGGAAAGGCCAUUUUGCCUCCAAGAGGUGAAACUGCCGAGACUAGCCACACCGCUGAAAGGGCUGUCGUUAAAGCCGUCCUAUUCGGCACUGGAAACGCCUAUGCUCCCAGUAUUGGCCUUCCGGCGGCCAAAAGGGCAGUAGCAGAUUACCUAAACAGAGAUCUUCCGAAGCAACUGUCACCUGAUGACGUGUUUAUGACCGUUGGAUGCAAACAAGCCAUCGAGCUUGCCGUUGAUACAUUGGCUAAACCAAAUGCCAACAUCUUGCUUCCCAAGCCAGGCUACCCAAGUAACUUAAUCCGUUCCAUCUUCAAGCACCUUGAGGU